AUGGCACGGAAAUGGCUGGAGGAGAGAAAGGAGAGAAAUGCGAUUUCAACUGGUUGGAAUGACGUCGAUGAUGAUCACAGUAUGGAGCGAUUCUUGAUUGGAAAGUUCGAAUUUGUCGUCGCUAAGCCCACACCAUCUUGGCUCGGAUCAUACUUUGCAAAGAGAAUUAACCUUACAAAAAAGAUGCGGAAUGAUGUCAAACUCCUCGAGCUGUCGCCGAUAGAUGCUCAUUAUCUACGUUACCGCCCAUCUGAUGCUGAUCAGAAUCACAGAAUCAACAAUUCGACCAAGUGGAUGCUAAUGAUGGAUCCAAGGAAUCGAGACGAGGCUCACACUAAGCAGAAAUAUUAA